AUGGCAUCAUUUCUUGAACUGGAAUACAUGUGGAAUGAUAACAGUCUGGUACCACCUCCAAGCAUACCAGGUUAUUGUUUUGAUCCAAUCAAUGUUGAUUAUUCAACUAGCAAAGAUCCAAAUAUAGCCGAUGAUCAACGUAUUGAAGAAGAAGCUCGUAAAGCCAUAGAACAGCACAAUCGAAAUCUUGAUAAGAAUACAAAGCAAAAGCCUUUCCUCAAUAUGUGGAAAAAAAAUUAAUCUCUAAUAUGAAAAAAACAAAAUGAAAUUUAUUGAAGCAUAGAACAUUUUAAAUUUUAGACGUAUUACAAAAUCACCCUAAUUAGAAGGCCAUGGAAAAAGUAAUGAUGUGCCGAGACCCAGUAUUAGGGUCCUGCGGGAACGACUUUUUCCCGUGUUUUCCCGUCCCGUUUCCCGCGGGAAUCGGGAACCGGAAUUCCCGUGAGACCUCAGGAGCGGGAAUGCGGGAACGGGAAUUCUGGUAGACACUCCGGGAACGGUAAUUGUAUUAAAAAUUUCUGUUCCCGGCAAACCCUAUAUCCGAUUUCUGUUUGCAUUAAAAUCUGUUAAUCUUACAGUAUUCGAUUUCCAAUAACCAUUUGAAAUAUAAUUGAAAAGAGAACAAAUAUCAGUGAACAAAAUCAGACAAGUUCAUUCAAACAUAGAUGAUGAGAAUCACGAUAUUCUUUACCACCAUCGUCGUCGUCGGCAUCGAAGUUGGGAUCA